AUGUUCUUUCAAACCAUUGCAUCAUUCAUUACUGUUGAUUAUCUUCUCAUUAUUUUCUUAACACUCUUUUCAUACCUAAUUCGUUUUUACUAUAAUCAUUUCACCCGUCCAAAUCCUCUUCCUGGUCCUCUACCAUUACCAUUCGAUCUAGAGAAUUUCUUUUAUGGCAAUAACUUCAAACUCAUUGCUUCAAACUUGCAACAAAAAUAUGGUGACAUUUGCGAAUUUAGAUUGGGUGGUUAUAGAAGAAUACUUCUUUCUCGAACUGAUUAUUUCGAUAAUUUAUUAACCUCUUCGACAAAGAGUUCAACAUUGUUCGCAAAACAUGAGUAUACGCAUGGCAUGGAUGAACUUGGAGUUUUUGGGAAAGGAAUGUUUUUUAAUAGUAAUUACGAGACUUGGAAAAUUAAUAGAUAUCUUUUUUCCCAGUCAAUAUCAACUCCUGGUUUCAAUGACGAAGUUAUAAAGCAAACUAAUGAUUUAUUUAAUGAGUUGGACGGUUAUUGGAAUUCACUUAAGAAUUCUAAUUCAUCUAAUGAUGCUGAUUCUUGGUUUGAAAUGGACUUUUUGCCAUGGAUAAGUAGAUUUUCCAGUGAUAUCUUAUUCCCUUUAGCAAUUGGUGAACGUGCUUAUUCUAUGGCAUCAUAUUAUAAUUCUUUCAACUCUAAUGAAAAUUCUUGCUUUGAUACUUCUAAAUUAUAUUAUUCUGACAAAUUCAACAGUGGAAUUGUAAAUUUAAUUCGAGGAAUGAUAAUCUUUCAACUUGUUAAUCCUUUCUUAAGACGUCAUUUACCAAUACUUAAGGAUAAAGUAAAUGCGGUUUUAGCUUAUAGAGAUUUCAUAUUUAAAUCAUUGGACAAUAUCAUUGAAAAGAGAAAAAUCGAUCUUGCAAAGACUCCUCAAAAAUUUAAGUCAAAGCAUGACUUGCUAACUUUUCUCCUUACUACUCAUAAUGAUGCCAAUGAAAUACCUAUAAAUGAUGAUGUAAUUAGGCCCAUCUUACUUGAUGCUUUCCUUGCUGGAUCUGAUACGACUGCAAACCUAUUAUGUUAUAUAAUUUAUUAUAUUUGUCAUAAUCCACAUGUAAAACAAAAAAUGUUUGAUGAAAUCGAUUCAGCUUUUCCUAAUGAUUCUUCUGACAUACCAUAUAUGAAUACUGAUAUUAUUGCAAAACUUAAAUAUUGUGAAGCAAUAAUUAAAGAAACUUCUCGUGUAAUGCCAGUGACCGCUGUAUCAAGGAGAGUUGCUGUUAAUGAAUGUGAGGUUGCUGGAUACACAUGGCCGGCUAAAACUAUAUUUCACCUAAAUUAUGCUAGUAUUCAUCUGAAUGAAAAGUAUUGGGAAAAUCCUAAUGUUUAUAAUCCAGAUAGAUUUUAUCAAAAAAAUAAUUUGAAUGAAUUUGAAACCGAUUUAGAUAGUAUAGCCAAAUAUUCAUUGGUUAUUUUUGGUGGGGGCACAAGAAUUUGUCCUGGAAGAAAGCUUGCAAUAAUUAAUAUGCUCUCAUUUAUGGCAUUAAUGUUUAAAAAAUAUGAUGUAGAAUUGGUAGAUAUGCAAGCGCCAUUAAAUACUUAUACUACAUUCAUGACUACUUGUCAAGAUAUUAUUGUAUUAUUACAUCUUAAAUAUUUUUUAUUGUGUGCAAAGAUUUAUCGUUAG